GCAGCAUUAUGACUGAAAUUAUUGAGCUCAAUGUCGGCGGUGUCCAUUACACCACCACCUUGAAUUCCCUGCUCCACGAAAAGGAUUCACUGCUAUGCGAAAUGUUUUCCGAAAGCCGUGAAAAUCUGCUAAAGGACAGCAAGGGUCGCUAUUUCCUCGACCGUGACGGUGUGCUCUUCCGUUACAUUCUCGACUAUUUACGUGACAAGACCCUGAAUUUACCGGAAGGUUUUCGUGAAAAGCAACGCCUCCAGAAGGAGGCCGAAUACUAUAAACUGGAGGGCAUGUUGGCAUGUAUGCGUAAGGAGCGUGAAACACGUUCACCCGGCAGCAUAACCCUUGGCUAUCGUGGCAGUUUUCAAUUUGGCAAAGACGGUCUGGCUGAUGUGAAAUUCCGCAAACUUUCACGUAUCCUUGUGUGUGGUCGUGUGGCUUUGUGUCGUGAAGUUUUCGGUGAUACACUCAACGAGUCACGAGACCCCGAUCAUGGUGGUCCCGAUCGUUACACAUCACGUUUCUUCCUCAAGCAUUGUUUUAUUGAACAAGGUUUUGAUAUGCUGCAUGAACAAGGCUUUCGAUUGGCCGGUAGCUGUGGUUCCGGUACGGCUGGUUCGGCGACAGAACCCAAACCUGGUGUGGAUGUUGAAGAGAAUCGUUGGAAUCAUUAUAAUGAAUUUGUUUUUGUUAGGGAUUAAA